AUGAUCCUCGGCCCAGUCUCCCUCAUAGACUGCCUCGCCUUCUGCAUCUUCCUGACGCCGCAGCUGAUAUGGCACGUCGGCUUCUUCCGAACUACCUUUGCGGUGCUGCCCAUGCUCCCCUUUCUCCUUAUCGAGCUGCCGUAUCGCUUCAUUAGGGAUCGGUACUGGGCAUCCUCGGCCGACAGUCCAUCGUUUGUUCAGCGCUCCACGGUUUUUGAGGACGUCGUCGUGCGAUGCGUGCGGUACGCGUUCAAGAACCUGGCCGCCAGCAUAGGCAAGACAUUCUUCUCCAGGAAUGGCCCCAAGGCCAUCAAAGGCGUAUGGAUAAUGCAUGACCCCAAACAGGCUCCUGACUUUGUCGUCUAUUACGUUCAUGGAGGUGGCUUUGCGCUCGGGUCUUGCUACUUUUAUCUUGAAUUUCUCAUGGCGUGGCAUCACCUCCUCGUAGAUGACGGGUUCAGGAAUCCCGCCAUAUUCGCGCUCGACUACACAUUGGUUCCGGAUGACAUCUAUCCGACACAGCUGCUGCAGACACUGGAGGGUUACAGCCAUGCACUGAGCAUGGUCAAGGACCCAUCAAAGCUUUGUGUUGCCGGCGACUCGGCUGGGGGGACCCUCGUCCUCAGCCUUCUGCAAGAGCUGGGAGCCCGCGCAACUGGCAAUCGGAGCAAGGGGGCGAAGCUUGGAGUCAACGGCGGGUUGCCGGAGUCGUCACUUCCUGCCCCUCUGGUCGCUGUGCUGAUAUCGCCGUGGGUUACGCUCAUGUCAUACCGCCACUAUCCGUCAAACGUGGACUUCCUAGACAGGCGCACACUCUGGAAAUACGCACACGAGUACGCUGGUCGUGCAAUGCUCAACCAGGCACCGGCUUCUCCCGGGUCAUGCAACGACGAGGAGCUGUGGCUCCGCGCGAGCCCACAACGAGGAUACUUUGUGGUCUACGGGAGCGAGGAGGUGUUUGCACCAGACGCCGAAGAUUUCCUAGAGCUGCAAGCCAGGCUAGGCAUCGAAGUGGAUGGUCUGCGGUUUGACGGCGGGAUCCAUGCCUGGCCGGUGGUGUCGCUCUUCCUGUCUAGCACAGCUGACAGGCGGCUCGAAGGAUUGCGGUCUAUCGUGUCCCAGAUCAGCAAACGUGUGCGACAGCCGCAGGCAAACAACGAGAAAAAUGGUGUAGUGAGGACUCUCAGAUUAGAUCAAGUAGACAGUCAUAGACAGGCCAGAUAA